AACAAACUUGCCUACGAGACAAGAAACAGACGGUCAUUUUGCGACUGAAGUCUGCCUGGAAACGCUCAAUCUGACUGGAUGAUAAGCUUGCUGAACUUGUAUGGCCAAUAAAAGAUAAGGCGCUAAGUCCUCUGGAUCGCGUCAACCGAAAAAUGUUGUUGUAACAACGAGCGACCUCAACACUACAGCCUCCUUUGUGGUAACCUGGACCGCGGCUUUUAUGCUGUUGUGGACUUUGUAAGGGCGCGAGACAUUAGCCAGUGUUUGUGUAGUCAUCACCUCUGUUGUACAGUUUAACGAUCCAAAUCAGAGGAAAUACAAACGGGAACGGAAAAUAUUGUCAGAAAAUACAAGUACAUGUACUAUUAAUAGCUUUCUUCGACAGAUGAUCUUUGAUUACUUGGAUUUGAAUAUCUUUUUUAUUUUCUUAAGAAGCAGUCGAGGGCCAAUUACUGAAACAAAGCGCAAAAUGAACACUACCGUUCUCAUCUUGUUCACAAAAGGCAGUCAGAUUUGUCGAAAAAAAAAGGCCAAUGGUUGUGCAGCUACAUGUAUAGGACUUACAGAUCGUCCUUCAAGUGACUGAGAACACGGCCUUCCUUUGUCAAAGACCUCAGGUAAGCUGAAACGUUUUCUAUGCUUGCACCAAGUCGCAAAGAAAAGACCCUAAUAACGUUUACGUUUGGCAUCAAAUAACCAUAAAUCCGUGCCCGGAAUGUUACAAUCUCCUUAACCGUAGCAACGGCGCCGUAUUUACUACUGGCUGGCCUGGCCUCUGGUGGGCUAACAGAUUUAACAGCCAGGAGACGUUAAACAGAGCUGAGGUUGGCGGCCGCAGUGAGACGUGACUUCGUGACGGGACAACAUGGGGGAGCUACAGCCGCUGCUGUCGGACGAGGGGCAGGGGAAACUUAGGGAAUGGCUUGGACAGCCUAGCGCAGAGUUCCACCUCCAGUACAAAGCCAGAACCCACGGGUUCGACCCUCAAACCUUCCACCAGCACUGCGACGGCGUCGGGCCCACCGUCUCUGUCGGGUACAACUCCUCCGGGUACGUGUUCGGCGGGUACACCGCCCUGCCCUGGGACAGCCAGGCGGGGUACCACCGCGACCCCCGCGCCUUCCUCUUCGUUCUCUACACGGGGAGAAACCAGUUCAACCCGCAGAGAGUGGACGCCAUGCAGGGCAAGACGCGAGCCACCGUCCGCCAUGGCUUCUCCUUCGGACCGACAUUUGGGAAUGACCUGAUGUUCUUCAGCGGCAAGUUCACGUCAGGAAAUGACCAGGACGGUUACACCAAGACUAACGGGUUCUGUACUCCGGGGGACGGGUUCUUCAUGGCCAACGGGCUGCAGUUAACCGGUGGGGACUAUAAGUUCAAGGACAUUGAAGUAUACCAGGUCACAGAACAAAUGAGGUCAUCUAUUGCGUCCCCAAUCAACACGAGUAUUAACAGGAGGGCGGUAAAACCGAUGGUGCAGUUCAGAGAAGAGUCAGUAGUUGGCGUCAAGGGCAGCUGGCGGGUCCUUCCACAGUCUUCGGCGUGGCGCGAAGUCGACUGGAGUCUGCUGUUUCUUGGACAGCUGAAGGAGGAGGUAGCUCAGUACCGCCCCCUACCGGAGCUGAGAAUAGAGCAGGUGAACAUCCUCCUGGUGGGCCCGGUGGGUGCCGGGAAAUCCAGUUUCUUCAACACGGUGAACUCCGCCUUCCGGAACUACGUCACCAACCAGGCAGCUACCGGAGUGACCAAUCACAGCAUGACUACACAGUUCCGUAGAUAUGACGUCCGUGCUAGCCGUGAGGGCCCGUCCCUGGGGUUCCGUCUGUGCGACACGUUAGGUCUGGAGGAGCAGCAGUCCGGGCUGGACAUAGUGGACCUGCUGUACAUCCUGGACGGGAACGUUCCGGACAGAUAUCAGUUCAACCCCCUGGUGCGCAUCUCAGCAGAAACCGUACCUGGUUUCAACAUGGCGCCGUCGCUAGGCGACAAGACGCACUGCGUGGUCUACGUCAUGGACAUCUCGGAUGUGGGCAGCAUGUCACGUGUUACCACGGAGAAGUUUGGCGCCAUCAGAGCACAAGUCAGUCAGCGAGGGAUCCCGUUCGUAGUGCUGCUGACCAAGGUUGACCGCGCAUGCUCACAUGUUGGAUCAGACCUCACCAUGGUCUACCGUAGCCGACACAUCCAGGAGCACGUGGACCUGUUCAGCCGGACCACGGGGAUCCCAAAGUCCAGUAUUCUGGUCACCAAGAACUACGACACGGAGCUGGAGACCCAGCUCGCCGUGGACGUUCUCGCCCUGCACGCACUGAGGCAGAUGAUCCGGUACGCAGAUAACUACUUAGACGAUCACCUGGACCGUCACAUACAGAUCGUACGGGCUGACACACUAUCUCCCAGGCAAGGGUCGGAAGAAGACGGGUCCCUGCCCCGCACGCCGGCUACAGAACGCGAAGACUCGCCGCAACAAGACAGACCGGGAGGGGAAAGAGCGAGCUCCGAGAACUCACCGCAUCAAGAUAGACCGCGAAAGGAAAAAGCGAGCUACGCAAACAAGCGGCACGUUCCGCACCCUUCCUGGGAGAAACCUGGCUCCGGCUCCCGGAGGUCACAACCACCGACUAGAACGUCCGUGACUCCUCGGACACACUCGAGCCAGCGCCCGGAAACAAAGGAGGAUGAUCCUCCGCGCUCAAGGAGCAGUCCACCCAAAUCUAGAGCAGAGUCUACCAAGGAGGAGGAGGAUCAAAGGAGACCGCCGUCAACGGCGAGCAAGAAGAGCACACCUGAAGAAAGACGCCCUGGGAGUACCACCAGUAAUAAGACAACAGUGACAGGCAUCGUAGGUCGAUACGAUCAAGGGAUGUGAUCGUUUUGCUCCUGACCUACGGGGAACUGUCCUUGGUGCUGACCACACGGUGACCUUCCAGUCAAGUAAAUGCACGUCACAAAAUUUCUGCCAAUUCUU